GAUGGUGAAAGCAUGUUGUGUGGCUGGUUGUUUCUCGAAUCGCAUACCUGGAAAGUAUGUCCCUAUUUUCAAGUUUCCUUCGUUUCCGCGUUUCCGUAGAGAAUGGUUGUCACGUUGUGGCAAAGACGAUUCAUAUCAAAUCACACAAUACUCUGCAGUAUGCAUUAAACACUUUAAACCUGAUUUUGUUGUAAUGGAUGAUGAAUUUAAUUGCAAAGGAGGUAUCACGGUGAAAAUGCCACGACAGCAGCUACGACUAACUGAAGAAGCAUAUCCAACUAUUUUUCCUUGGCACUCGGAGUUUAACAAAAUUUCUGCUAAGUGGGAUAAAAUUAUUGAGUCUCGACACUAUCUCUCAGCUCAUAUUUCCGCCCAAUCAUCUAACGAAGUUAAAGUAUCGGAUGAAAACGUGGAAGCCUCCAAUCUUGAAUUCGGUGAGCACUUCAUGAUGGCCACCAAGCCAGUUGACGAUGACCACAUAGAUCAUCUUUAUACCACUGUUCUAACUAAAUCAAACAAAAGAUCUGGAACAUGUUCAGAAUCUGAGGACCUUCCAAAGAAAAAAAGGAAAAUGCAGACGAAUGAAAAGAACAGUGGCCAAAUAAAUGAUUUUGAAGAAUUGAAAGCUAGUUUGAUACAAAAAAAUAUUUUUGAUCCCUUCUUCACAGAGUGUCAUGAAGAUUAUUUGCUUAUCAGCAAGAUAUUAGACCGUAGCUUUAACUCAGUGCCUUAUUAUUCAACGUUAAAAAUCUCCAAAACUUUCAAUGUAAAAGUUUUCAUAAAUGCUGUGGAAGUUCCUCCUGACACGCUGAGGCCUCUUUUGGGAAACAGUCUCAGAUGUGACACCUGGGCAAAGGUUAAAAACCUUUGCAAAAUUUUAAUGACUAAGCAUGUCACUAUGAGUGUCAGGAAUAUUUGAAGCCAAGGAAGGAAAUAAUUUGAGAUCGAGUUAAUGAAAAAAUUGAUCCAAUCAUUGAAAGUGCAAGGAAAUUUAAUGCAGCCAAGUAAUAUUCUUUCACCAAGAUUUUUUCAGUGCUUGUCGACUCUCUCUCCACCAGUUUGCAAUUAUUUGAAAGCUUCAUAUUGAUUUCAAUGCUUGAGAACCAGUUUGAUUUUUAUUCUCUGUGUUUUUGCGCUUUUUAUCAAAGUCUCCCUCUUCUCAAAAGAGAAUUUGUGCAAAUUCAAAUCAUUUUCACCAAAGAAAAACUGUGACAAUGAAUCUCCUUAUCAAGAGGCCACAGUAACUGCCUCUAUAUUGUAAAAUUAAGAACUAUAUAACAAGAAAAUGAACAUAUAGAAAAUUAGCAUCUAAGUUCAGUCACCAUGACCUGUCUUUUCUACAUGACUACUUACUUACCUUAUAAAUAAAUUGAUCUCAAUGAAAUCAGUCAACAGACUUUACUGAAUGCAAUUUUCUCUUAAUUUAAUUCUGUCGUGAUGUCCGUCAGUAGAAUGGAUGUCGAGUCUCCAUUUUGAUACCUUAUUCACCUCUCAUCAGAAUUAAAUGAAACUACUCUUGGAUUAAGCAACCUUCUGGAAUAAUGUCUCUCGCCAUUGAUACCCACAGGUUGGUCCACCUGGACUUGAAGAGUGCACCAAUUCAGUUGACUUAUCUGGAGAAGUUGAUUCCUUUGUUAGCGCAAUUCGGUGCAACAGGCCUUCUGAUUGAAUGGGAAGAUACUUUCCCGUACAGCGGAGCUCUGGUAGACAUUGGCUCAAGGAACUCUGUCACCAACACCUACACUUCAGAUGAAAUUUCUCGAAUAUUACACCUUGCUCAAACAUCCAGUUUGAUUGUGAUUCCACUCGUCCAAACAAUUGGACAUCUUGAGUUUGUCCUGAAACAUCCUAGAUGGAGGCACUUGCGGGAGGUGACAAGGUAUCCAUCCUGCUUAUGUCCAUCUAAAACACCGGCUGCCGUUGACCUUGUCACUGUAAUGAUAGAUCAGGUGAUUCAAAUGCAUCCCAACUUGACGACCCUUCACAUUGGAGCUGAUGAGGUGUGGAAUAUGGGACAGUGUGACCUAUGCUCCAAGCAAAGUAAGCAUCGUCUGUUCCUCGAUCACAUUAAAUCAGUGGUGACGCAUGUUCGUAACAAGCACCCUUCUGUUAUUUCUCUUGUGAUGUGGGAUGAUAUGCUACGAAGUAUCAAUAUAGAAUUACUACAAGAGUACAACUUCUGGGAUUUUGUGGAGCCCAUGGUUUGGCAUUAUCAACCAGCUGAGUUUUUCCAACUAAAUAGUGAUUUAUGGAAAAAAUACUCUGUUGUCUUCAAAAAAGUCUGGGUUGCAUCCGCCUUCAAAGGUGCCACUGGGAGUUGUCAGAUUUUACCUGUCAUAUCGCAUCACAUAAGCAACCAUGAGAAGUGGUCUAUGGUUCUCGCUGAUCCAGAGUUUAAAAUGAAGUUUUUAGGAAUAGCGCUAACAGGCUGGUCCAGGUUUGAUCAUUUCGCCAUUCUGUGUGAGCUCCUACCAGUUGCCAUUCCUAGUCUUGCCCUCUGUUUACGUACAUGGAUCGAGUCAUUUUCACUUGAGACGCAUAGGAGCGUUUCACUUGCCUUGGGCUACAGCUCGGAAUUGAUUCCUUUAGAUCCUUUCCCAAGACCACAGCAUGUAGCGGAAAAUCUAAACUUCCCAAGUUGGCAAAUCCUAACUGGCGUUGGAUGGUUUGCAAACUUUCGUUCCAAGUACUACAACACUAUCAACAGUGAUCAUUUUGCAUCCUGGCUAAACCCUUGGCAAAGGAAAAAUAAUCAUCUUAAUCCUAUGCAGACGGAUAGCCUUGUCAAAGCACUUCAUGGGUUGAAGGAAGAAAUUCAAUUGAUAAUCACUUUCCUCAAGCCUCAUCUAUUAGAAGUGUACCACAGAGCUACCGUGGAAGAGUGGUUUGGCUCGAUCAUUGAACCCAUCUGUGAUAAUUUAGCAAAAAUACUAGAAAGUCUCUCAUCCAAUUUGGAGCUUUAAAUGCUCCAAAAGGUACAGUUUAUACCAGUAUUGACCAUCUCCAGGGCUCCUUGCUGCAAGCACCUUAGUAUUCUCAUGUACCAGUUACCUUAUGAAUUUUUCAGUUCAGCACUCGCAAUUAAAAUGCAGUCUGAACUAUUUAAGAUACUACCUUUAAGAUACUACUCACUAAGAUUUUGAUUAAUUUAAAAUGCUAAGGUUUAUCUGUAAUUUUUGAAAAAUAAACUUCAAGUCUAACUGGUACAACUAGAAAAAGACUGGAAUGCAAGAAGGACAAAAAUGAGUGGACAAAAAAGGAUAGGCAAAAGUAUAUUUCAUAAAAUGACAGGAGAGUAGUUUUUGGCACGACUUCAUAAGGCUACGCCUGAAUAUUCGCAGGUGGCAAUACUGCCCUUGAAAAAGAAAAAAAGAAAACAAGAUUAGCAGGGAAAUUGUAAGCUGAGUCAAGCUCUUGAAACAAAGCUUGUUUGAAAGUAUUUUCUUUCUUUUGCGCUUUUAAGCUUUCGUGAUAAAUCAAUUUUUAAGGAAGAACUAUACUUUUCUCCAUUGUUGAAAUUUGAAAUAUUAAGCGCUGUAAUAUGAAAAGCUUAGGUGAACUACACAAUAUUCGCUAAAAAAAAAAGAGGUGUGCAAAUCGUUCCAUAAUGCUGCCUGUUUUUGUAAUGUAGCAUUUUUGCCUCUGUACAAAACUCCUUACUUGUGAGACAAGUAUGUCAGAUUUGGCCAAAUGUUUCAAUCUGAUGAGUGGUAGAAUAAAAAGCUUUACUUUUAAAAAUUGCGCUAUGGCCUCAGAUUUGCCUCAAGCCUGCCCAAAUGUGCCAAUCAUAAGAGAGCAUUUUUUUGAACCCCGGGAAAUAAUAAAUUUGAAAAUUUUACGGCAAACACAGGUUUAUCAGCUGAGAUGAUUAGAACUCAUCCUUUUUGUUAUGAAAGUUUCUGAGUCCAUUUUGAAAUAAGUGGUUCGUCUAUUGACACAGAAAUUUAAGGAUUUCAUAUUAGAAAAAGGCACUUUCCCGUUGUUGCAUUUCAAACUCUCUGUUGCUAAAUUAUGUCCAAAAGAAGGAUCUGAUGGGUGAUUUUUUUCAAAAAAAAUGUCAGUAGAAAAUUGUAGAAUCAUGAAGUUUCUGAACAGAUUUCAGUAGAACAUCGUAGAAUCAUGAAGAAUUGUCUUUUAAAAUUUCUUGGAAAUGCAUGUAUUCACUUUCUGUGCAACAAGUGAAAUUUUACCUGAGAAUUUGAAACUCGGCAACCGAGAAGUUCUCCUUUUAUACCCAGCAACUCAACUUAGACCCAUUCAUGCUAAAAAAAUGUCCAUCCGUAGGUUUUUAAUCACAAUUAGACUUCUUUUUUUGGAGGUAAGUGCUGGAAAGUUUGUCAUGUACUUUUUCUAGAAGUUUUUCAAAACGAUACGCCAAGUAGAAUAUAAUAAGAAGUGAAAGUCUGCUACUUUUAAGACCGUGUAACAUUAAGUAUAUUUGAUUAUAUAUUUUUAUUAAGUAUUUGUUAUGUCAAAGCAACCUGACUGACUAAUUUUACUUGUAAUGGUUGUGACUCUUGAUAAAUACAAAUUGUUUUUGUUUGCAAAA